CCCACCGCGCGCCGCGCGGGCUCCGCACUCUCUCGGGAGGCUGCCCCGGCCGGCCGCGUCCCGCCCGUCCCCUGCGACCCGCCCGUCCCCUGCGACCUGCCGCCCGCUCCGCCCGACGGCGACAUGCGCGUCCCCGCGGUCCCGGAGGCCGGCGGCUGGUGCUUGGGGCCCCUGUUCCUCGCUCUCUUCCUGACCGACUCCCCAGCAGGUCUGGUAGCAGCCUUCAAGGUGGCCACGCCAUACUCCCGGUAUGUGUGUCCCGAGGGGCAGAAUGUCACCCUCACCUGCAGGCUCUUGGGCCCCGUGUCCAAAGGGCACGAUGUGACUUUCUACAAGACCUGGUACCGCAGCACGCGGAGCGAGAUGAAGGAGUGCUCGGAGCGCCGGCCCAUCCGCAACCUCACGUUUCACGACCUCCACCUGCACCACGGAAGCCACCAGGCUGCCAACACCAGCCAGGACCUGGCCCACAAACACGGGCUGGAGUCGACCUCCGAUCACCACGGCAACUUCUCCAUCACCAUGCGCAACCUGACCACGUGGGACGGCGGGCUGUACUGCUGCCUUGUGGUAGAGGUGCGGCACCACACCUCGGAGAGCAGGGUCCACGGGGCCAUCGAGCUAGAGGUGCAGAGAGGCAAAGAGGCACCGUCCAAAUGCAUUAUGUACCCGUUCUCCCCCGAGGACAGUGACAACAUCACAGCUGCGGCCCUGGCCACGAGUGCCUGCAUUGUAGGAAUCCUCUGCCUGCCCCUCAUCCUGCUCCUGGUCUACAAGCAGAGGCAAGCAGCCUCGCACCGCCGUGCACAGGAGCUGGUGCGGAUGGACAGUGCCAUUACCCAGGGAAUUGAAAACCCCGGCUUUGAGGUCUCUCCGCCUCCCCAGGGGAUGCCUGAGGCCAAGGCCAGGCCCCCUCUGACCUACAUGGCCCAGCGACAGCCGUCUGAGUCUGGGCGGCACCUGUUGUCUGAGCCCAACACGCCUCUGUCUCCUCCGGGUCCUGGGGACAUCUUCUUUCCAUCCCUGGAGCCAGUCCCAGACUCCCCACAUUCUGAUGUCAUCUAAGCCAGCUAGGGACAGUGGGCAAUGCUGGCUGGAUUUGGGCAGGUGCAUUGGAGCCAGGGCCGGCCCUGUGACUGGCUCCCUUCACCCUGGCCUUGGCUUGGCCUCCAUCCUCCUGCUUUGAGCCCAGACUCUGCUUUAGCCCCACUGCCUGGACCUUCUACCUUCUGGAUGCUAUGCAGGGGAGAGGAGAAGAUGCUGGAUUGCUCAGCCAUGCCCCAAGGAUGCGAGGGUGCUGGGUUCCCUGAGGCCUGAACUUUACCACCUACAGAUGCCAAACGACCUUCAUCCUAAGAAGUCCCCAGAUUUCCAGCUCUUUGUCAGCCUCUUUCCCUGAGAAAGGAGUCUUGGGUCUUGGCAGCACAGACAGGACAAGGUAGGCACUGGGCAGGUCCUUCCAGUGCCACCCUCCUAAGCACGAGACAGGGGAGCAGAGGAGGAGAGAUUCCUGCCCCCUGGGAUUGGCCUGGCUGCCCUGUCCCCUGCUCCACGGCUGCUUCUCUGUUGGCCUCACUCUCUGUACCCAUGGGGGCUCUGGAGCUGGGCCUGCCAGUCCCCAGCCACUGGGGCUCCUGGAGCUGCCUCCCUCUGGCAGUGUCUGAGGAUCUGUCAACAGGUUAUACAUCUAGGGCUCCCACUGCCUGCAUUCUGGUCCCCAGAGCUCAGUGACCAGAGGCUCUGAAGCAGGAAGUACAUAGUGGGCACAGUGGCCACUGUGAGCCAACUGGCAUCUUGGGCAAUUUGAGGCCAGGCCAGAGGUUGUGCCACCCAUGGCAGAUGGUCCAGAGGGAGGUGGGCGGGGCCUGCUGGGGAAGUGAGAGCAGAGUCCCGCCCUCCACAUCCCCUGCUCCAGGGCUCAGCAUGGGCACCAGUAAGGGUGACUGCAUAAUGUCUCGUGCGCGAGUACUAAAGGGGGUGCUAUUAAAAACUGUAUGGGCAACAGAUGCAAGCUGGCACAUGCAUUGGAAGCACCAGAUCUAUGUGGCUCUGGUUCUGAUGUGCAGAGCGCUGGGGACUCCUCCACUCCCAGCCUUUGGGCUUCUGUUCAGCUCUCACCUCGAGUUGGGGGUGGGACCAGGACAGAGAAGUGCUUCUCUCUGCUCAGCCCCUGGACUCUCCUACUGGAGUCUCCCAUGGCAGGGUGUGACCUGGGUUUGUUUUUGUAUCUCAUAAAGGAGCCCUCUGUGGAAAUGCCAUUGAAGGGUUUAAAGCAUGGGACAGACCUGGGGUAGAGGGUGGGGAGGCUGGGCACUUCCCCUCCAGCCCCCAAACCCUGGGCACCGUGGAGAGCAUCGUGCCGGUGUGGGCAUUCAGGGCCCCGCAGCCUCUGCUGACUCUGCAGAGACUGAAAACCAGGACUGCAGGCAAGGACUCAGGGCCAGCAUGCAGGUGGAGAAGGCUGCUAAGCCUAGGGCUGGGGCGGGGGCUGGGGAGGGGGAGCAGCUGGGGCUGCAGUCCCCAGCCAUGCCCCCAGAUCAGGCCCACUGGCAUAGGUCAUGGAGUGGGGCGCAUCUGCCGUGCCUGGAGCCGGGGCUGGGGUCCGUGAGCAGAGAGUGAGCACAGACCUCACGGCAGGAGGGACACCAAGUGCUGGCUCCUGCUUUGUGCCCAGAGUCCCUUCUUAUAUUCCACCUGCUGCUAUUACGCAGUACCCCAGAGAGAGCCAGCCGUUCUCCCAGCUUGUGGGGGCCCCUGGGCAGGAGUGGGGAGGUAACGUGUAUUUUUUGGCAGGACUGUGCUACCCUAGGGUCCAGGGACAAGCCACAGACCACUUUGGUCCCCCAGCUCAGGAGGCGUGUGGCCUACCCUCUGGGCAGGCUGGCAUGGGCAGGUUGUCUCAGGUGCAGAGACAAGUUUCUAUGAAUUUUGCUGCCAGACCCUGGGCCUGGCUGCUGUCGUGUGCAGAAGGGAGGUGGCCCCUGGCGGAACAGCCACCACACUUCCUGCCCUGCUUCCUCCUGCACUCUUCUGCUCUGACCCUUGCAAGUGAAUGUAUCUUGGGCUUCGUGGUUUCCUGUUUUCGGCGAAAUUUACUGAGCUCCAGGCUCCAUCUUCAUCCAUGACCAGGGCCCUGCCUGCUGCCACCCCACGGACACCGUCCUUGCUGCAGCUGGGAAUAGGCAGGGUACUAGAACAGCUCUCCAUGUCACCAGGAUAGCAGGGCCUCUGAGAGGCCAUCCUUGGUGGCUGUGGGCUGGAGGACAUGGGACUGAGUCAGGGGCAUGAACUUGCAGCUUCCAAGGCGGGACAGGCAGCCCAGGGCUGGGAGGAAGUUUGCUGUUUAACAGGGAGGCUCCCAGGGUACUGGCUUCCUGCCACUCUCAGUAGGCCCGGGGGGUGGGGCUGGGGGACAUCUAUGCCAUUAGGAACUUACUCAUUGUUACGAGAACAGUCAGGAACUGUGGCUGUCUUACCCAGCUCAGGAUAUUCACAUCCAGUUAAGGUGUCCUCGGGAGAAGCGGAGGGGCAGGGGCUGGAGGCUACCUUGGGAGAGGUUUGCUGGCCCAGGGGGUGCUGCUUAACACAACCUAGGGCCCCUGGUAGCUGCUGCUGGUCAGGGUGCCCCUGUCCAAUGGUGAUGGGCCCUACCAUGGGUGUGCAAAACCCCUGGGACCUGCAUCUCAGAAGACCAACCCUGGGGCUGCCCUCACUGCUGCCUGUCCAGAGGUAACCCCCCGCCCCCCAGCAGUUCAGGGCCUGGGGCAGAAGGCUGCUGCCUGGUCUUCCUCAGGGGGUGCUCCUGCGGGGCUAUCACUGCCCCUAGUCUGGGCACCGGAGCCCUGCCUGCUGCAGGAGGGCUUUCCGGGUGUCAGCUGGAGCCCUCUCAAGCUGACCUGGCCGUGCCUGGGACUGGGCUAAGAAUUGCUCAAGGAACCACAAUAGAUAAAAGAGGAACCGGCUUGUCUGCCAGGACACUGGGUGCAAAACUCUCUUGAUAAAAGUCUCAGCCCAGCAAGCAGCUGUCUGAGCUCACAGAGAGGACGGGCUGUCUGGACCACCCCUGCUUUGCCUGGUCACUUCUCUCCCCACCAACCCCUCACAAAUGCUGCAUCUGAGUUCUGGGAGGAUGGGGCCUUUGGACUUGAUUGCAGAGCUGAUAACUGAUCCAUAGCCACUGGGUGUUGGGCUGAACCAGGAUGUCAGGGCUCUGUUCCCGGACCACUCAUAUCAGUCAGGGCUGCUUCUGACUAUCUUGGGUUUCUCACUUCCUCUGGGCCUGGCAGGAUCUUCUCUAUGGCAAUGAUGCCCAAAGCUUGCAUAGGCCAGGGGACAGAUGCUUCAUUUUGUUUCUCAGUUCUGGUUUACAGGUAUGACCUCCUGAAAUAUAUGUUCAGAGGAAUUCUGAUGUAUUAAUAUGGCUUAGUGAGAAAGUGCUGGGAUCAGCUAGCAAUGCCUGCCUUGGGUGUAGGAAAGGAAGUGGCAGUAUGUGUGCCACAUCUUGGGUAUGGCUUCCAAAACUCUCACCUGUGUUACCUCUUGGAUUCCCCUUGCCCUCAGUCCUGGGAGGCUUCAUUUUCCCCAUUUAAUGCAUUGGGAAACUAAGGUUCUGAAAGACCUAUGUUUUGUCAAAACAAGUGAAUGGCAGGGUUAAUGCUUGGGUCUCCUGCUUCCCAGGCCUGUGCUCCUUCCCUUCACUGAAUAGCAUUAUAAGUCGGGGCCUGGCAAGGCCUUCACCUUGAAGCACACACCAGAGCCCUGAGAGAUGAAUCUGUGCCCCUAAGUCCAUGGUUCCACCUCCCUCCACACUAAAAUGCUAUUUGUGCCCUGCCUGACCUGAGCUUUCUCAUACACGCGUCUCCUUCUGCAUCAGCCCCCUGGUGGGAGGCCAGGAAGCCAUGAGACUCCUGGUUGGCAUGGUGCCCGUGCACCCUGCUUGCCUGCAUCAGGAGAUGGGGAAGGGAGAAUCCCUCGGGGACCACUGAGCUCCAGGGACUCAUGGAGAAACUCUGAAUGUGCAUUGUCCUGCAGCUGCAGGAUGUCCUGCUGGAAGCAGGGUGCGGGCAGGGCUCCGGGUUGCCCAUGCUGGGCGGGAAGGCCCCCAGGCAGGGAAAGGGCCAGGCAGGGGUUCCUGAGCGUAAGCCAGGGAAAACAGAAGCAGGAAGGAGCAGGCUGAACAACACAAGAACGAUCGGCACUAAGACAGGUGCUGAGCUGCUCAGGGCCAUGUAUCCAGUUCACAGACUAUCACGAGACCACCGCUGGGGCCUCGUGUAGCAGCAGUGAGUAGUGGGAGCUUCUCUUUUCCUCUGUGUGGACAGGUGACCUCUGUAGGUCCCCACAAGCCUGAGAAGCCAGUGUUUGUUAUCUGGGACUGCAUUUCUUAUUGGCUUCAAUUUGCGCGGCAGGGAGCCUGUGUCGGGCUCUCCUUCCCUUCCCAGCCCCUGCUGAGAUGCAGAAGGCUGGGGUCCAGCUCUGGCCUCCCUGCUGCCUCUGUGUCCUUCCUCUCUGGGCCAGCGCUUCCUCCCGCAGGGGCCUCCAUAGCCACUGAGACCUCUCUCCCCGAGUCUGGGCAUCCUGCCUUGGCCUGGAGCUCGCUAAAGGGCAGGAGCAGUGCAGUGACUUCCCCUGGCCAGUGGCAUUGUUCAUCACUGUGAGGCAGGCCUGGGGCUGGCCCGGAUGCCUCUUGUGCCCAGCUGUUCUGGGCUGGGGUGACACAGGGUGGAGACAGCCUGGGCGAGUGGCAGGAACGUCCGGCUCUCAGGAAAGUAGGGGGAGGAGCCAGGGAGAAAAACAGGGUGGGAGAGGACUCAGUUACAGGAUUUUUCUGGGCUUUGGGGAAGCUUUUGGCUGCAGAAUCUCAGGCUUCCUCCUGUAAGAUAAGGGUGUAAAUGACAGCCCUCUAGCAAACCUCCCUGAUGGCUGGCUGUAAGCUCCCAGCACUCUUAUCACAUUAGAGAGUCAACUCUGCCUCCCACACCAGCCCUGCAGGCUCAGGGAGGCAGCCCUGGGGCCAACUCAUCCCUGCCUAUAGCUCAGGCCUCCUCAGUGUUCUGUUGAAUGAAUGAAUGGGUGAAUGAUUCCUGCAUGCCCCUGUCCCCUGGGAGGGCUGCUCCUAUGGUCCCGCUUGGAACCAGGAAGGUCACAGCAGAUGGCAAUGAGGGGACAGGUGCAGGGACAGGCCUGUGGGAUUUCUCUAGACAGAUCUGUGCGGGCAGCAUGGCCCUCCUACACCACUAGACCAUAUGACCUUCCCUGGAGUCUCAGCGCAGCUGGCCUGGUAGCUCUGGCUGCUUCAGGAAGGGUUGGGAUCCUCCUUCCUCAAACAUUCAUCGAGAGAAAUCUUCCCAGUGGCAGAGAAGUCCCUUGCUCUGGCUGCCUCCUGCUCCCUGAGGACACACACAGCCCUGAGGGGUUCACUGCCUAGAGGUGAGGGUUGGGCCAGGGGAAGCAAAUCUUUAAGGGUCCAGUGUUCCUUGGAGACAGAUGCCAAUCAUGGCUGGGCCUCUGUCUGUCAGCUUCGGCCCCACCCAAGUCUGACAAGCAUUAGCCAGGAGCCACCUCCUCCGGAAAGCCUUCCCAGCCCUUCUCAGUACCCUGUCUGCUGCCGGAGGCCCCUGCAUGAGCAUUCUCAUGGCCUCUGUCCUCCUCAGCUGCUCUCCUUCAGGCCAGGACCAUGAUGUCUUCACCUCUCCAGUAUCUCUGGUGCCCAGCAAAUGGGCAUCCGGGGAGCACUGGCUGAAUGAAUGGAUGAGCAAAUGAAUGAUCAAAGGCAGCUUAGUGCUGUUUUCUCAAACUACAUUCUGUGAUCGCAGCAAUUUUUCACUCAAGUAUCUCCUGCAAAAUUCAAAUAAUGGAGAUUAUUUCCCCUGCAAACUGAUAAAGCCGGGACAAAGCAAGGAGGGGACAUAUUCUUUGUGAAUUAAUGUUUUCCUCCUAGGACUCUCUUUCACGUUGGCCCCUGGUGCUGUUUGCUUGUGUUAUAGUCCAGAAAGCCCAGGCCUGAGGCAGCCCAGGAGGCCACAUACGUGCUGCCCAGGCACUGGCUCGGGAGCUCCGUCCCACAUCCUGCCCACACAAAGGUGUUUGGGCCUUGGAGCAGCCCUGGAGAUAACCGAGGUAAGGCAGGCAGAUGCUGCCCACCUCUCCCUCUGCCAGGGAGCAGCACCCUGGGCCCUGCCUGAGGCAGGCCUGGAACAGCAGGCACUGGAGGGCUCAGCAGAGGGUUUGGCCAGCAGCUUGGAGCUCUGGCUAUGGGACCAACCCCACAUUUUCCAGGGCCUGCUUAGCCCAUGGCCAUCCUGUGGAUGGCCAGGGUGGGCUCAUCUGUCUCUAAUUCCCAUUAUUCUGGGGUAAAAGGAAGCCUGAUCUGGUCUCCACAUCUUAGGGUCUUAGAAACUACGUGCGUUCUGAUGUCUGCUUCCCCGGGGAGCCUAGGGCUGUGGGGGUGGGGGUGGGGCUGGGGGUGUGGCAGUGCUAUCAGUGCCUUCCAAUCUUUUCUCUGCCUCUUCCUUGCCAACAGAGUCCUGCUCUUGUUUGGGGCCGUAAUACAUCUGGCCCUGAGUAAUGAGCCACUUGUGACAAUGCUGUCCCCCAUUUUUUCCAACCCCCCAUGUAGGCAGCAUGCCCGUGUGGCCCACGACUCGCCAGUAAGACACCCAAGAACUCUGGGGGCUGGGUCAGGGAAAUCUUUCACUUUCCUGAUAAAGGGGCAGCAGUAACUGGCAUACCUCUUUAUCUUUUUUUCAUCUGUCUGCCUUGAGUGAAUCCUGACCUGAGGGCUGGUGCUACAGCAGCUGUUGUACAACCAUAAGAUGUGAACUCUGACAUGA